GAAGUGCUCCGACACAGAUGCUGAGGACUUAACUCGAGUUCAUGGACCGGCAUCGUUUGAAAAAGUCUGUUUUAAAAUGACGCAUCCCCGCUAAAGGCAUUCUGAGGUCCGUUCACCAUCCUCCAAUAGUGGGUCAUUUUUUCCUGUAAUAGAAAUCUGUUUGACAGCAUUUCACCAUCCAUCACACCCAGCCUUGUUCAAGAAGGAGGAACCAAGGGAGGAGGAGGACGAUGGCUACCGAUGGAGUUUCUCCCCAAGCUCUGCUGUGGCUCAGCCUGAGCGGUUUGAGCUCCCUGGUGUCACCCCUAAACCCCGAUGAUCCCAAUGUGUGCAGCCACUGGGAGAGUUAUGCAGUGACUGUGCAGGAGUCUUAUGCCCAUCCAUUUGACCAGGUUUACUACACCCGAUGCACCGACAUCCUCAACUGGUUCAAAUGCACGAGACACAGGAUCAGCUACAAGACCGCCUAUAGGAGAGGUGUAAGGACCAUGUACAGACGACGCUCUCAGUGUUGUCCUGGCUUCUAUGAAAGUGGAGAACUGUGUGUUCCACUGUGCACAGAAGAGUGUGCCCAUGGACGAUGUGUCUCUCCUGAUACUUGCCAAUGUGAGCCAGGAUGGGGAGGACUGGACUGCUCCAGUGGCUGCGAGAGUGACUUUUGGGGUCCACACUGCAGUAACCGCUGUCAGUGCCGCAACGGUGCCAAAUGUAACCCAAUCACAGGAGCGUGUGUCUGCACUGAUGGCUACCAGGGCUGGCGCUGUGAGGAGCCCUGUGACCCCAAAUUCUAUGGCAAAGACUGCCUGCUGGAGUGCCAGUGCCUUAAUGGCGCUACCUGCCAUCACCAGACUGGCGAGUGCCUCUGUGCACCUGGAUACACUGGGGCCUUCUGUGAGGAACCUUGUCCUCCAGGUAAACAUGGCCCCCUGUGUGAGCAUCACUGUCCCUGUCAGAACGGUGGAACAUGUCACCAUGUCACUGGGGAGUGUUCCUGUCCUGCUGGCUGGAUGGGUCCAGUGUGUGCCCAGCCAUGUCCAUUUGGAUCUUUUGGCAUUAAUUGCUCCCAGGAGUGCACGUGUCGUAACGGAGGGCUAUGUGACCAUAUCAGCGGUCAGUGCCAGUGCACAGCUGGCUACAUUGGAGAAAGAUGCCAGGAUGAAUGCCCAGUUGGCACUUAUGGGCCACAGUGUGCUCACAAGUGUGACUGCCAGAACAGAGCCAAAUGCUACCACAUCAACGGCGCCUGCCUUUGUAACGAAGGCUUCAAGGGGCCUAGCUGUCAGGAUCGUUUCUGUCCCACUGGCCUGUAUGGACUCAUCUGUGACAAAUACUGCCCCUGCAUACACACAAACACACUCAGCUGUCACCCUCUGUCAGGAGAGUGCACCUGUGCUGCGGGAUGGACUGGGCUUUACUGUGACGAGACCUGCCCACCAGGUUACUACGGUGAGGGCUGCAGAGAGCUGUGUGUUUGUGCUAAUGGAGCCUACUGUGAUGGCAUCACUGGAGCUUGUAUCUGUGCACCAGGAUACAUAGGUGACGACUGCUCUAUCAGCUGUCUUGCAGGCCUGUACGGGAUCAACUGCUCCUCAUCGUGCUCCUGCCAAAACGAGAUCUCCUGCUCACACAUUGAUGGUUCCUGCAUCUGCAGAGAAGGUUGGCAGGGUGUCGACUGCUCCAUCCCUUGCUCCAGUGGAACCUGGGGACUGAGCUGCAAUCAGACGUGUCAGUGUGCCAAUGGGGCAGCUUGCAACCCCGUCAGUGGAACCUGUGCUUGCUCCCCAGGCUGGACGGAUGAAUACUGUGACGUACCUUGUCCUGAUGGAUCGUACGGCUUGGAUUGCAGAGAGAAAUGUGACUGCGUUAACUCCGAUGGCUGUGAUCCAGUUACGGGUUUCUGCCGCUGUCUUGCAGGUUGGACGGGUGUCCAUUGUGACAGUGUGUGCGAGGAGGGUCGCUGGGGACCCAACUGCUCCUACAGCUGCACCUGCGAGAACGGGGGCUCCUGUUCUCCAGAGGACGGCACCUGUGUGUGCGCUCCAGGCUACCGGGGCACCAACUGCAGAAGAACAUGUUCUCCUGGCUUCUAUGGCCAUCGUUGCAGUCAGAUGUGUCCUCAGUGUGUCCACAGCGAUGGGGCAUGCCACCACAUCACCGGCCACUGCAAAUGUCUCGCUGGAUUUUUUGGCUCCCUCUGCAAUGAAGUAUGUCCCAGCAGAAAGUUUGGUAAAGCCUGUGCCGAGACCUGCUUGUGCACUAAUAAUGGCACUUGUAACCCCAUCGAUGGCUCCUGUCAGUGUUACCCUGGAUGGACCAGCGAAGACUGUUCUAAGCCAUGUCCUUGGGGCUCAUGGGGCCUUGACUGCAUCCACACAUGUAACUGUCACAAUGGAGCUCAGUGCAGCGCUACAGAUGGAGAGUGUAUCUGCAGCCCUGGAUGGACAGGACUCUACUGCACUCAGCGCUGUCCUGCAGGUUUCUACGGCUCUCACUGUGCUGAGGUGUGUCGCUGUCAGAAUGGAGCAGACUGUGACCACAUCACGGGACAGUGCUCCUGCAGGACAGGCUUUAUAGGACACAGCUGUGAGCUCAAGUGUCCCGCAGGGACAUUUGGCUACGGCUGCCAGCAGCUGUGUGAGUGUAUGAACAAUGCCACCUGUGACUACGUGACCGGAACCUGCUACUGCAGCAUCGGCUUUAAAGGCAUCCGUUGUGACCAGGCGGCCUUGAUGAUGGAGGAGCUGAACCCCUACACCAAGAUGAGCCCAGCUCUGGCAUCGCAGCGGCAGUCGACGGGGGCUGUCCUGGGCAUCGUCUUCCUGCUGCUGAUGAUCAUGGCCAUGCUUGCUCUGGUGGUCUGGUUCCGUUAUCGACAAAGAGAGAAAGGCCACCGUGUGCCUAGUGUCACCUAUACACCUGCCCUGAACAUCAGCUCCACUGACUACUCCCUCUCAGGGCUGCAGUGCACAGGCCUGCUUUCUUCUUCAGAGUCCUCUCCCAGUAGCAGCUCUUUAGGUGGCUGCUUCUCCAACCCCAGCUACCGCACCCUGGGGUCCUGCACCUAUGCCACACACUAUGCCAAGCCAGAUAAGAGGAGUUUCGCCAAGAUGAAGACAAAGAAGCAACACAGGAACAGCGCUCCAGAGUGGGGCGCCUACUGCAACCUCAGUGAGCUCGGUAUUUACUGCAUUAAUCAACGUUACAGCUACCACAUGGAGCCACGCUACAGAGACUAUGUGAAGAGUUCGUUGUCCAGCACCUGUUCCCUCAACAGUGAAAACCCGUACGCCACCAUAACCGACAAUCCCAGCCUAUGUAAGCACUCAGAGAGCAGCUACGUGGAGAUGAAAUCACCAGCACACCAUGAACACACGGCACACUGCUGUUCUGCUGCCAUCAUCAGUACGACUACAACCACCACUGUGCCUGCCAAGAAUGUCUACAACAUGGAACCAACCAUAAGUAUUGUGCCGGCAAGUGGUGCUGCAGUGGUUCCCAGUUACCCUCAGAACCCAUACGACCUCCCCAGGAACAGCCACAUCCCGAGCCACUACGACCUGCUGCCAAUGCGCCCCAGCCCCUCCCACAGCCACAGCCUCACCCUGAACAGCUGCAGUCCCCCACUGCCCGGCAGCCCCACCAGUUCCCUGCUCUAGGGCCCCCCAACAGGAUCCAGUGCACUCAGAACUAAGAAACUGAAGUAUGAAAGUAGAAAGUGUUUUGACACUGAUGAGUAAAUACAGGUUGAUAUUUAAAGGAUGGAGAAAAUGUGUUGCUGGGACUAAUACUUACUUAUUUAUUUUCUAAGUAGCAUUUUAUUUGUUUGUUUUGUUUGUUUUUCUUUUUGUUUUGCAGUGUCCAGACUGCUAGACGGCUGUUUGACAUUUUACUAUGAUAUACCAACCAACCAGUCUGAGCUGUUUUGUGUCAGUCACCAGUACAUCUUUAUAUUCUUAUUUUCACACCAAAAUUGCCAGCAGCGGGGUAAUACAAGUACAUAUACACAUAAAUAUACUCGUUUCAGCGGUUUUUGAGACAUCUCGACUCAGAAGAUGAAUGUCAAAAAAGAAACUGACUUGCUCACGUAAAGACUGCAAUGGCUGUGCCAAAGAAAGGACUGAGGCCCACUGUACAUCUGCAAAGACUACUUUAUUUACUAGCAUGUUAGGUCCAAAUGAACAUCAUGUGGGCAUUACGGUUGUGCUGUGGGAAAGAAAUCCAAUGGACUCCUCCGAAGAAAAGGCUCUCUAUCCUUUUAUUUCCCCAGAAAAAAGGACUGAGAAAAGGACAGAAAAAAAGAUAACUGGAGUAUCUUCAGACUUACAGCACCUGUAUAGUAUUUUAUACACACUGUUUCUUAUUUCGUGUUUACAUAUUUAAAGAUCCUGCUGGGGUUCAUGUUUUUGCUCAGAAACGUUAUUUUUUGUAUGUACUGUAGACAAAGUGGUGUAUUUGAUGUACACUUACUGUACACCUCGUGAUUAUAGUUGUAAUUUUUUUUUCUUUAUGUUGAGCUUAUUAUACAUGCAUGUAAAAAGGUGAUUCAGGGCAUAAUGGUUAGUGAGGAAUACCCUUAUUCUUUGGCUUUUAUUGUGAUCAUGGUCAGAUGGCUAAGCUCUUUUGCUGAUAAUUGCCAUGCUACUGUGGACAUGCCAUUUGGAACAUACUUCUUGGAAAUAUAAAUAUAUUUUAGGUUGGAAGUUGUGGUUAUAACAGUUCUGUAGGCAACUUCCCCCUUCCCUGAUUUUAUUGUAGAGUCGCUAGAGUUUUGUUACUAAACACAAUUAAAUGUGUUUUCAUGUAGCUCUGACAAAAAUGUGUUAUGCAACGUAGCAGUAACUUUAAAAUGAUAGACAUACAAUCACUUUAAAUAUUCAGACUGCUCUCCUUUUUUACAGAUUAUAGAUUUACACUAUAAUUGAUGAAAUGAUAGAUUUUCAGUUAUAUUUAUUCAUCACCUAAUGCUUAGAAAUGUUUGAAUGAGUUCAACUAAUGUUAUUUUAACCCAACCAGUUAACUAAAACAAGCUGAAGACUUAAACCAGGCUUUUAACUGGCUGAAACUCAUGAAGACCAACUGCUUACACAAAGGAAUGAAUUAAGGAUUCACAAAUACAUUUUUAUUUUGUCUUACAAAUACAUUGUUUCAUCAUAAAUUUGCAUUUACAAAGUGCGCAAAAGUAAAAGGGUCUGAAGCAAGUAAAGUUCGGCUGUAGCAAACAGCAAUAAGAGGACAUGUUGACAAUCUUAUGUGUACAGUUUGCUAUCCCAAUGAUUUGGUUUCCUGUUUUUGUUCUAUUUGCUCUGAUUUAUCUUGUUUUUUUUAGUGGUUUGAUAUGUUUGAUCCAAACAAUAGUUCAUGUGUAUAGGUGUAUGUAGUGCUGCUUACAUUUUUGGGGGGGAGGGUGUGUGUUUGUUUUUUUGUUUUUGAAAACCCUGAAAUGAAUAAAGUCAU